AUUUGCGCCUAUUAAAGCUACUGUGGGAAAAUUUUAAUCCUCAGUUCACCACUGCUAGUGCUAAUUAAGCAGCUUUCAAUUUCAACGAUGGUAUGCACCAGAACUUCAAUUAUCGCUUUGGCAUGGAUGGUCAUAGCUGCAAGCGUGGCCGAUGCACGCACGACAACAGCAGAGCCGUAUUGUCAUUAUAAAGGAACUUCCUACGAAAAAGGGGCCAAGGUUGUAGGACAGACACUAACAUGCACGUGCCUUAGUGGAAAAUGGGCCAAUUGCGUCAGUAACAGCAGUGAUCAAAGUGACACUGACAGUGGCGAGAAGGAAGAAGAGGUUUAUCCACCCACGGGCAUGGAUGAGCACUUGACAGGUGCAAAAGUAAGCUUCAUUAGCUUCUUGGACAAUUUCGAUAACGAGGAUUUCGUCUUCGAUUUUACAGACUCUAACAAAGUAACCGUGGACUCUCUUGGUCUCGGCGGCAAUAUUCAACCGGUGAACCUGGAGGAAUUUCCCAUUAUGCAACUAGCGGGGAUGUCAUACAGCCGCUUUAGUAUCGGCCCAUGCGGUAUCAAUCUCCCUCAUGUACACCCGCGCGCCACAGAAUCUCUCUAUAUGAUUGAAGGCCAAGUCACUCUUGGUUUCGUUUCCACAGAAGAUCGUCUCAUCAUGAAUGACCUUGAGAAAGAUCAGGUGACAUUCUUCCCUAAAGGGCAUCUUCACUAUCAGCAAAAUAUGAACUGCGAGAAUGCUGAAUUCAUUUCUAUUUUAGACAAUGAAGACCCUGGAGUGUUGGUCGUAUCUUCCGCACUUUUGUCGUUACCUGAUGAAGCUCUCACGGCUACAUUUAAUGAGGAUCAGGCAUUAAUCGCACAGCUUCGUUUGGGACUACCUGAAGGCCCGGCGCGAGCUCGUUCUGAGUGUUUGGCCCGUUGCGGACUGGACAUGGACACACCCCUCUAAAUGCCAAUUCGCUUUCCCUUUUAGAAAUACGAAUUUGCUCCCAAUUUAAAUGCUAAUUCGCUUCCCCAUCAAAUGCCUAUUCGUAGGAAGUGCAGCUUAUAGCUGAUUUAUGCGUACGAUGUGAAAUACGCACUGUGUGCAGUAUACAUAACAAUGCUCGACAAUAAACUUAUUGUUUAUAUAUUGG